AUGAGCAGCAUCGGAAGCAUGCUAACGGCACGGGAUGAUUCGAGUUCGAUCUCCGACUCCAACUGGUGGCUCUGCUACAUUGUUCUCGCCCUGAUUCCCAUCGUCUUUGUUUGCGUCGCCUGCUUCUCCGUCUGGCGGGACCGGCGGACCCGCACCAAGUACGACGUCGAAGCCAUCAACGCCAUAUACUCCAAGUAUUGGACCGGCCCUCGGGAUCUAACGGAGACAAAGCGCCCGGCUGGAUUUCCUCAAACCAGACCUGGUCUAUACGUGCCCACGCUUGGUCGCGAUAGAGCUGGACCAAGAACUCAGAACGGCUUUCCAGCACCAGCUCCGAACACCCUCUCAUCAGGCUAUAAUAGCAGGUCUGGUGGCGCCGCCGCCGCCGCCACCGCCGCCACUACCGCCGCCACGACCGAGAAGCGCUCGCACAUGGCUCAAAUGCCACCAAACAGAAAUUUGGCCGCGGCUGCUUCGGCAGGACCUAGCAGUUACGCCACUCGCGGUGUCGUUGUCACGGAACAACGGCGCGUUGCAGGGGACGGAUACUGGGGCAAUGGUGGAUUCAAGGACGUGUUAAUAUAA